AUGCACAGCGUAACUCUCAAAUCCGCAAUCCCCUACUACUACUACCAUGUCCCCUCCUCCUCCUCCUCCCUCAACCCUAGACGACUCACCCAACCCCACCUCAUUUUCCCGCCAAAUCACCACCGCCCUUCCCUCACCUGCCUCUCCAUCUCCGCCUCCUCCGCCGCCACCACCUCCGCCUCUCUCAACGGCUCCUCCUUCCACUCCCCGACCCUCGCCGUUAAACACAUCGACGUCGCCACUCUCGGCAAUCUCUGCGUCGACAUCGUCCUCAACGUCCCCCAACUUCCGCCGCCCGACGCCGACCGCCGCAAAGCUUACAUGGACCGCCUCUCCGCCUCGCCCCCCGACAAGAAAUACUGGGAAGCUGGUGGCAACUGCAAUGUGACUAUAGCUGCUGCGAGGUUGGGGCUUCACUGCACUGCGAUUGGCCAUGUGGGAGAUGAAAUGUAUGGGCAGUUCUUGUUGGAUGUUCUUCGUGACGAAGGAAUCGGUAUGGUUGGGAUGAAUGAGGAUAAUGAGGCUGAAGCUUCAAGUGCUUCGUACGAGACGCUUUUGUGCUGGGUUCUUGUGGAUCAGUUGCAAAGACAUGGUUUUUGUAGUCGAGCUGAUUUUAGUAAGGAGCCGGCUUUCAGUUGGUUAAGUAAAUUAUCCCUACAAGUGAAGACGGCGAUAAAACAGUCAAAGAUCCUGUUCUGUAAUGGCUAUGGCUUUGACGAGCUCUCUCCUGCUGUAAUAGCUUCGGCUGUAGAGUAUGCUGUUGAAGUCGGAACCGCAAUUUUUUUCGACCCUGGACCCCGUGGAAAGAGCCUCUCUGCUGGUACGCAUGAAGAGCAAGGAACACUUAACCUGUUGUUGAGGAUGAGUGACGUUCUUCUUCUAACUUCAGAUGAGGCUGAGUCAUUGACUGGCAUUAAAAACCCGAUAUUAGGAGGGAAGGAGUUGCUCAAGCAAGGGGUGCAAACAAAAUGGGUGAUUGUUAAAAUGGGGCCAAAGGGUUCAAUUCUUAUAACUAAGUCUGGUAUCUCUUGUGCACCAGCAUUCAAGGUAAAGGUCAUGGAUACUGUUGGAUGUGGAGAUAGUUUCGUAGCUGCUAUUGCAUAUGGUUUCAUCCAUGGUAUGCCAAUGGUAAAUACACUGGCAAUUGCAAAUGCAGUGGGUGCUGCAACCGCCAUGGGUUGUGGUGCUGGUAGGAAUGUGGCGACAUUGGAUAAAGUAAUUGAACUUGUGAAAGCUUCGGAUCUUAAUGAGGAUGACAAGUUUUGGAAUGAAGUAUUUGAUGAAAAUUUGGGUGUUCAGGAAAUUACUGCUAUCUCAAAAUUGGCCAUUAAUGGAAGUGACGGUCGGCUCAAUUGUGUACCUUUGCAGAAGGUUGUAACAGAAUUGCUUCCUAAGCUCAAAUCUGCAGAGCUAGAGAGAAAAGUGCCGUGUUGACAGAUCAUAACCACAGCAGUAGGGCUUAGCAAUGAACUUUGUUGUUGGAGCUAUUUCGUUCUCCGUGUCUGAUUAUACCGUUGCAGUUCUACUUCCAUGACAUGACGACUGCCCUCCCUAUACACAGUGAAACCAUGCUGGGUUCAUUUAGAUGAAAUGCUUGAAAUUAGUGAGCUUUCAUAGGUGAAAAGUUUAUCCUUUGAAUUAGUAGGUGGCGGUUUUGGUCCAGUAAAUCUAGGAUGCUGCUGCAUGACAAUGAUUGUCACUCCUGCACAGAUCUUCCAUUCUUUGCACCAUGUCGAUUUUAUACUCAAUGCCUAUGUAGCUGGUGCCUCAUUUUUCUUCGACUGUAUGUAUUGAAUUUUGUUUCGAUAAGUUGUAUGUAAUGUUUAUCUG